GCCAAUGAAUCUCCUAGUGAACGGAGACCAAAGUGAAACGAAAGAAAAGUCGGCUGACAAAACCAUAUUGUCGGAACAAGAACGCCUUAUUGAACGUGGGCGCGCUCGAAUUGCAUAUCUUGAUCGGAUUUUGCGAGCCAAACAAGCGGAAGAAAAAAAGGUGAAACGUGAAGGUCGGGAGCUUCGCCGUUAUUUACAAAUGCAAUUGAUGGAACUCAUCGAAGCACCUACCCAAGGAGAGUCUACUAAGUCAAAUGGGGCUUUCUCCAGUACGGCAAUCGUGCCUAAACCUAAUGCGACCAGUGAACUCGCAUUCUGUCGACCGCGGCAGGAGGUCCUAGACAACUUUGAGCGCUUUCUUGCGUUGGAUACCGUGCCUUCAAAUGCGUCUAAUGGAACAGAUACACAUCACAGUGACCAUGCCAAUGGGAUCAGAAGCUACCGGAAAGUCUUCGCCACAGAGUAUGACCCAGAAGAGGAUAUUAUGUUGAACACUGAGCUGAGUUUGGAUCUGGGACCUA